AUAUUGGAAAUAACUCUCCUCGACCUCCUAGAUAAAAUAAGCUUCUCUUGAAGCUCUGCUUUCACAUUUGGAGAUCGUUUCGUCAAAACAUGGCGUUCCAAUCUGGGUUUUAUCCUCUCUCGACGACUCCUUCUCCUACCAAUGUCGUAGAACGGAUGAAAGGCGCUUGUCAUCUCCUCGUCUCCGCUGUUCUUGGUACCAUUAUAUCCGCAAACUUGAUCUUCUUCUUCGCACUAGUUGGCACGUUGUUAGGGGCAUUUACGGGAGCUUUGAUAGGCCAAGAAACAGAGAGUGGGUUCAUCAGGGGAGCAGAGAUUGGAGCCUUUUAUGGAGCUGUUCUCUCCAUCGAGGUUUUUCAAUCAUCGAUCCAUCUUUGGAGAUCCGACGAGUCAUGCCUUGUCUACUUGCAUCAUGUCGUUGUUAGUCUUCUAAGCGGGAGACUCGUACGGGAGCGCAUAGGUCCUGCUAUACGGCAGCGUAUAAGUCUACUCGAGAUAGGAGGCUCAACGUUGACAAUCACUGGCAACAAUAACACCCAUGGUUCUGAGAACGGAGAAUCCUGUUCCAUUUGUCUUCAGGAUUACCAACUUGGUGAAAUAGUUAGAAUCUUGCCUAAUUGUCGUCACAUGUUUCACUUACCUUGUAUUGACAGUUGGUUCCUUGAGCACCGUUCUUGUCCAUUAUGUAGACGUGACUUUUAACUCUCUCUCUCUCUCUCUCUCUCUCUUCGUAACUUUCUUGUAACUUGCAGUUUCUUUUUUUUUUGUUGUUGCUUAUAACAGUUGCCUUUUACAUCCCCUCAGAGUUACUACUAGCAGUCUAAUUUACCGCAGGAGGUAUCUUCUUAAUGUUAUGCUUAGCAGAUGAACGUUGCUCUUCACCGUAUUCACUUCGUGGAAAUCCGUGUCUCUCAGUUGGCGGUCGUUUCCUUAAUGCUGCCGUUCCUUCACCAGGUUCACCCUUCCGUCGAGUUCCCGUAAAGGAGUUAACAUCUCGACACCAAAGCCCCCAUUCCGCCUCCCUCCUUUGCAUUGUCACUUCAUCUCAAAUCAACCGCCGCAGCCCCUCCACCAGCGACUCAACCCCCCUCCAUAUACCUCAGGCGACAACUUUUUCACUGAUGCAUCCUGCCGUUUCAUUGUCAGCCGUCGAGUGUCAGACUACUGGGUUCACAUAGCUCAAAUUUGUGUUGGUUUGCUUGAUUUAGAAAUGUUACAUGUUUUUUCAGCCAGUAAAAGCCACACAAUCUCUACUUCA